AAGGAAUGGUCUACAGCUCACCUUCCUGGCUAGGACUAAAGACAUGAUAGUCAGCUCUAGAUCUAUAAUUUGUCGCUUUUCACAACAUAACUGGGGCCGAGCACACCGCUUCUACGCUGUAGUGUCCAGCCCACAGACUCGAAUUGAGAAAAUCGUGCAAAAAUAUGCUAUCGGUGUGGAACCUGGUGUCAAGGUCAAAGCCGGCGAUUAUCUUAUGAUAGAGCCAGCCCAUGUUAUGACUCAUGACAACACCGGGCCGGUCAUAAGCAAAUUUCUGUCCUUAUCCUGCUCCAAGCUAAAAAAUCCCCGUCAGCCAGUGUUCGCCCUUGAUCACGACGUACAGAACAAGUCCGACACAAAUGUUCGCAAGUAUGCAAGGAUAGAGGCUUUCGCUAGAGAGCAUGAUGUCGAUUUCUAUCCUGCAGGCCGGGGCAUUGGUCAUCAAAUCAUGGUCGAAGAAGGUUAUGCACUGCCGGGGAAAAUGGUAGUAGCUAGUGACAGUCAUAGCAAUCACUACGGCGGGGUGGGGUGUCUAGGAACAGCAAUCGUCAGAACGGAUGCAGCGGGUAUCUGGGCGACAGGCAAGUUUUGGUGGCAGAUACCUCGCAUCGUAUCUGUAUCGCUUGAGGGUCAACUCCGACCCGGGGUCACUGGCAAAGAUGUAAUUGUUGCAUUGGCGGGACUGUUCAACCGAGACGAGGUCCUCAACGCCGCCAUCGAGUUCGGAGGAUCUGGAGUUCAGCAUUUGACCAUUGAUGAGCGUUUGACGAUCGCCAACAUGACAACAGAGUGGGGCGCCGUUGCUGGAGUCUUCCCCGUCGACGAGAGGCUCAGAGACUGGUACCGGAGAAUGACGAGAGCAGCUAGUCUUCGGCACGCUGCAUCUAUUGCCUCCGACGAAUCUAUGGAACACCCACGCCUCCAAGAGACCAUUGUGGACCGAGCUCUGCAGGAAUCCCCUGAAGCGGAUAUCGGGGCUAUGUAUGCCUCUCGGCUAUCGCUAGAUCUCGAGACUCUCGUCCCUCAUGUGUCGGGCCCUAACUCCGUCAAGAUAGCGACACCUCUACCGGAUUUGACUGCGCAGCGUAUUCCCAUAAACAAGGCAUACCUGGUAUCCUGUACCAACUCGAGGGCAUCUGAUAUCGCUGCGGCCGCUACAGUUCUCAGGGGCAAAAAGCUUGCGCCAAACGUCGAAUUCUACAUAGCGGCAGCAUCUAGCGUGGUACAACAGGACGCGGAAUCUGCGGGAGACUGGCAAGCAUUGGUGGAUGCAGGUGCCAAGACCCUACCCGCUGGCUGUGGACCCUGUAUAGGAUUGGGCAUUGGUUUGCUGGAGAAGGGCGAAGUCGGCAUCAGCGCCACGAAUCGAAAUUAUAAGGGACGCAUGGGCCAUCCAGAAGCUCUGGCCUACCUUGCUUCUCCAGCUGUCGUUGCAGCGUCAGCACUCAAUGGAUACAUCUCGGGGCCCGCAGACUCCCUAUUCGAAUCAGUUUCUCCCCGCUUCAGAAUCGAGGCUUCAACGUCCUCACAGACUCCGGCCGCCCCUUCCAGUGCAAAGAUCUUAUCCGGAUUUCCACGCCGGUUUGGCGGUCCUUUGGUCUAUGUACCCCAAGACAAUCUCACCACGGACGGCAUGUAUCCCGGGAAAUAUACGUAUCAGGAUGAUAUCACCCCAGAACGACAGGCGGAGGUGGCUAUGGAAAAUUAUGACCCAAAUUUUGCUGGAGUCGCCCGGGACCUUCGAGCCAAUAUCGACAAAGACGAGGGUAUUAUGCUAGUGGCAGGGUAUAAUUUCGGAACUGGCUCUUCUCGGGAACAGGCUGCGACAGCACUCAAGCAUGCUGGAAUCCCAGUGGUGAUCGGUGGCUCUUUCGGCGACAUAUACAAGCGAAACUCGAUCAACAACGGGCUCAUAUUGAUCGAAUGCCCCGAGCUGGUGAAUGAUCUCACGAGGCGAUUCGCGAAAGGUGGAGUGCGAGGCCAAGGGAGCAACGACGGUCGCCUGACCGUCGUCCCUCCCGGCUGGCAUAUUGAAAUCGACGUGGCCGAAUCUUGCGUAACUCUCACCGGUCCGGAGACGCAGGACCAAAAGUAUCCAUGCGCCACCGUUGGAGCAAGCGUGCAAGAAAUUUGGGUGCAUGGAGGCUUAGAGGGGUUCAUCAGAGCCUCGGCGCAGGUAUAGAUAUGACGAAUUAUAAUGACAUGCAUUGCCGCAUAACCAGCAGA